UAGCCUUGUGUCAUUAAGUUAAAAAUAAUUUGUCAUUAUUUGAUAAGCCAAUAUGUGCUCGUAUUUUACUUUCAUCCCAAACUCGCAUCCGAAUAUUGUCUAAUCCGAUUAUCCAAAAACAAGACAUUGAGAGGACCUUCACCAAAUGUGCUAGAAAUCAUGGAUUUCAUGGUUCAACAGAAAUUCACUACAAGUCAAACUGCGUGCAGUACCAAAACUAUAAAAGUGUUUAAAAAAUCAACAGAAUAAAUCCAUGGAGACAAUUUAAGCAAACCUUUAUGUUGCUCAGCUUUUUAAAGUGACAAGUGACAAGAGAAUAUUAAAAUCAUCUUGAAGUUUAGACCAAAUCUACUGCUCACGCUAGAAAUUAAUAGAAAAAAUGCGCAGGCUAACAACGGAUGAAAUCUACAAGAAGCGCUUAGAAAAAAACAAACUACGGGCUUUUUCAGCAAUUUGCAGUGAUGAAAACGAAAAAGAAAAUGAAAAUCCGAAAUUCAAAGUUAAUAACACCAAGAACGCAACUUCAAAAGUCAGCGAACAGGAAAUCCAUAAAAUUGAACAUAACCCGUUUAAUUUGGCUAGUCACAUGCGACUUUUUACGUUAAGAAAAAGUGAAAAGAAAUCAAGUAUGCCAGAACCUUUCAUCACCAACGAUCCAAGAACAAUAUGUGAUAUUGAUAAAACUUUUUAUAAAAUAAUCGAAGGGAGGCCUCUGAGACAGUUCAGUGAUAUAAAAGUUUAUAUGAGGAAUAUAAGGGACAUAACAUUAUUCAGAGCAAACAUUGCUUAUCGGAGAGAUCAAAUAAUUAAGAUAGAUACGGCUUUACGAGAUGAAUAUACUGAAUACGAAAAAAUUGAUACUUUUUUUACUGAAACAAAAUCUAACUUUGUUCGAUUCGCCCAAGAAUGCUACGAGAGAGGAAAAAUUGUUGAAGCCUUGGCCAAUGCAAAGUCUAUUGAACUAGACAAAAUGGUCGAUCAAUUAGAAAAUUACAGCUUCAUUUGCGUUAAAAUACGAAAUCAGUUGUCUGGCUUACUAGCAACGUUUGAAAAUUUAGAUAAAUACCGCGGAUUCUUAUUUUCGCUGAGCCCUAUGUCUUGGCAAAAUAAGUUCAUGUCACACUUUAACGAAAAUAUUAUUGACGUAAACUACCUACAAGAAAAUAUUACGUCAGCAGAAACAAUUAAUGGUUUAAAAGUAACACUUCUCAAACUUCAAAAAGUAAGUCCGGAGCUAUUUUUCGAUGAACCUAAACAACUUAUGACUAUUUGCGAUGAUUUGGGUAAACAAUGCUUAAAUUAUAUGAAAAUAAAUGUUUUUGCAAAUAACAUUAUUGUUCAGGUGAUGAAAUAUCGUGGCUUUUAUAGAAAGAUAGUACAAGAUGAAGUAUUUGAACUAGAAGAAUUUAUUGAGAUUUUCCAGAAAUAUGUAGUUUGGAUGGAAGACAAAGAAAAAGAGAACAAAGCUAUUUUUGAGAGGAUAUUAUUAAAUGAAUUCCAUGAAUUGUUCGCUUCAUAUGACACCGCUAAACUUUUCACUUGUGUACAAUACGUCAAUACCCGUCUCUUUGAAACGCCAGAAGAUCCAAAAGACAGUCUGUCACUUCUAACGGGUCAAUUAGAACUACAAUAUUUAGAACUUACAUCACAACUGGACUGUUUGGAUCAAGAAAUAGUAAAGGCAGCAACGAAUGAACUCUUCGCUGAAGAUAUAAAAAUGAUGAAGAUGGCACACAAGGCGCAAAGGGAACUCAAAGAGUGUGAUUUACUUAGUAAAGCUUUGUAUACUAGUUUCGAACCGCCGCGAUAUAAACGUAAAUAAUUGUAAUUCCAAACACUGUCUCAAUAUUUAAAUCAUAUAGCUGCUUACAAUAGUGUGGUAAGAGUAUUUUGCUUUGGGCGGGUUACUCCGAAUGUAAUUAUCAUAAGUUAAAGCAUACGCAGCUGGGCCUAUUCCACAUGAUUAUUCUCGCCCUUCGAGACUCAACGUUUACUUUCAUGAGCACCUUAAUAUAACAAACGAUACGGGGCUACAACUUACCAGCGGCAAUGUGAAUUUAACCACAUUUCUCGAUGUGAAUUUGUUGUUUCAUCUUAAUAUGUAGAAUUACGUCAGUACCCACGUGGGACAUUUAAUACUCACUUAAUUUUUUAUUAUGUUCAAAUACGUAGUCUUAUGUUUUGUUUGAAAUAAAAUGUUUCUUUUUAA